AUGGAAGCAAACAAAUUUGUUCUUGGAGGCUUUAAGAACUGGAAGAUAGUCAACGAUGGAAUAAUUGUGCUCUCUUAUGACAUAGGUUUUAUUGAAAAACAAACUUACGAGCAAAUUGAGAAUAAUAGAUUAAGACUUCAAGUUACAAUUGAUGUAGUCAAAUGGCUUGCCCUUCAAGCUUGUGCCUUUCGAGGACGUGACGAAAGUAAAGAAUCAAUUAAUUGGAGAAAUUUUCAUGAAUUUCUGAAGCUAUUGGCAUCUUACAAUGAUAAGGUUGCAAGUGUUGUUCAAGAAAAUGCUCCUUUAAAUGCCACAUAUACAUUGCCUACUAUUCAAAAGGAGAUUCUUUAUAUAUUUUCCAACAAGGUCAAAAAAGAGAUUCGUCAAGAAAUUGGAGACUCAAAAUUUUGCAUCAUAGUAGAUGAAGCACUUGAUGUGUCCAAAAGAGAGCAAAUGACUCUUGUUUUGAGAUUUGUAGAUAAAGAAGGGUUCAUUCGUGAACGAUAUUUUGGUGUUGUCCAUCGUAAUGAUGAAUUAAAGGAGGCUCAAUCUGUUGAACUUGCUACUAAGAUUACAAAUGAUGAAAUCAAAUCAGGGACGGGGCUAAAUCAAAUUGGCACCUUAAAGCGAGCUGGAGAUACUCGUUGGAGUUCUCAUUUGGAUUCUAUUUCUAGCUUGCUCAAAAUGUUUAAUGCAACUUGUGUGGUUUUGAGUAAAAUUGCAAAAGAAAAAGUUUCAUAUUCUCAACGUGGAGAUGCAGAUUUUGCUUGCAAUCAAUUAUUAUCUUUUGAGCUACCUAAAAGCAUUCGAGAUUCAGGAUGGGAUUCUUUCCUCAUGAAGGUUACAUCAUUUUGUGAGCAACAUCAAGUUGAUAUCCCAGAUUUGGACGCUCAAUAUGUUGCAAGGGGUGGAAGAUCUCGAAAUCAACAAGAUAAGAUUAACUUGCAAGAAUUAAACUCUAGAUUCAAUGAACAUUUAGUAGAGUUGCUUGUACUGAGCACUGCUUUUGAUCCUAGAGAUGGAUUUAAAUUGUUCAAGAUUGAUGAUAUUUGCAAACUUGCAGAGAAUUUCUAUCCUGAUGAUUUCUCAGAGCAAGAAGUAGUACGUCUAAGAAUUGAACUUCAACAUUUUGUGCUUGACAUUCCAAGUCAUCCUGAAUUACAGAAUUUAUCUAGUAUUCAUGAAUUGUGUCAAGGCUUGGUGAAAACAAGGAAAGCAAUUAUGUAUCCUCUUAUUGACAGAUUACUUAGGCUUGUUCUUACUCUUCCUGUAUCAACAGCAACUACAGUACGAACAUUUUCUAUCAUGAAAAUUAUCAAGACAAAGCUCUGA